AUGUGGGCAGCGUACGCGUCUUGGUGCGUCCUGCUCACCCUGCUCACCCCCGCCGUUCGUGCGAUUGGACAGGCGACCUGCGUCUCGUUCUCGCCAUCCUCAGCGUCUUCCGGAGUGACGUCGUUUGCGGUCGUCAGCAGUGGCCGCGCUGCACCCCUCCUGCUCUCGUCUGAUGAAUGGCCGGGCGUCCAACGUGCCGCGGGCGACUUUGCGGCGGACGUCCAGCGCGUAACUGGUAUAUUGCCUACCCUAGCCAACUUCACGUCUGCCUCUGGCUCAGGGAGCGGUAGUGGGAGCAGUGCGCUUGCACCCAUCAUAGUCGGAACUCUGGGCCAGUCUUCGCUGAUCGCACAGGUUGUGAAUAAUACCGGACUGGACGUAUCCUCGAUUGAGGGACAGUGGGAGGCGUUCUUGACGAGGGAGGUGCAGAACCCGCUUCCUGGUAUCUCCAGCGCGUAUGUGAUGAUCGGCGCGGACAAGAGGGGGACUAUUUACGCGUUGUACGAUCACUCUGAGCAGAUGGGCGUUUCUCCCUGGUACUGGUGGGCGGACGUACCUACCACGCGCAACUCGGAAAUAUACUUCGCCUCCUCUGGCUGCCAGCAUGGCGCACCGACAGUCAAGUACCGCGGUAUCUUCCUCAAUGACGAGGCCCCAGCACUGAUGAACUGGGCUAUGGAGAAAUAUACCAAUGGAACGGGCUCUGCUGCGACUAACUCGCCCCUGCAGUCACCCUAUUAUACAGGCUUGUUUGAGUUGCUGCUCAGACUGAAGGCGAAUUAUUUGUGGCCUGCAAUGUGGAGCAGCGCAUUCUACGUUGACGAUCCUCUUAACCCGUACUAUGCCGACCUGUACGGCAUUGUGAUGGGAACUAGUCACGAAGAACCAAUGACGCGCUCCACCCCCGUCGAGUGGGACAUCUACGGGACUGGCCCAUGGGACUACAGCGUCAACCAGCAGGCGAUAUACAAUUUCUGGGUGCAAGGCGCUGAGAGGUCAAGAAACUACGAGACGUUGUACACCGUUGGCAUGCGAGGCGCUGGUGACUUGCCUUUGGCGGAAGGACAAAACAUUCAGCUAUUGGAGCAAGUUGUCUCGGAUCAGAGGGGCAUUCUGGAGAACGUGUUCAACGGAACUGGGAAGACCAUCACAGAAAUUCCGCAAAUGUGGUGCUUAUACAAAGAAGUCCAAGGAUACUACGAAGACGGCAUGACUGUCCCUGACGAUAUCACGCUAAUGUGGACCGACGACAAUUGGGGAAAUAUCCGGCGUUUCCCUUUAUCUAGUGAGAUGAACAGGACUGGCGGUGCUGGUGUCUACUAUCACUUUGACUAUGUUGGAGACCCCCGUAACUUCAAGUGGAUAACGACUACGCAAAUAGCUAAGACCUACGAAGAAAUGUCCCUGGCCGUGGACCGUGAAGCCACCCGUAUUUGGAUUGUCAACGUCGGCGACAUGAAGCCCUACGAGAUGGAUAUCGAGUUCUUCAUUACCCUCGGCUGGAACUCGUCCGUGUGGAACCUUGAUAAUCUGGACAGCUUCGUGACGAGCUGGGCUGAGCGGGAGUUCGACGUGCCAACUUCAACAGCUCUUCAGAUUACUGGUAUCAUCGGGAACUACACGAGGAUGAACGCGAGAAGGACGCCGGAGUUGAUGAACUCCACGGUGUAUACACUGACUGACUACCGGGAGGCCGAUACGGUGUUGUCUGAGUGGCAAAGCCUUGUCCAACAGUCGACACAGAUAUACAAUUCGCUCCCGGCCGCAUAUCAGCCCGCGUUCUACGAGCUUGUGCAUCACACGGUCCUCGCUAGCGCUAACCUCAACGCGAUGUGGAUCUACGCUGGAGUCAACAACCUGAUGGGCUCCCAAGGCCGUUACGCGGUGAACAACUACGCAGACCUUGUGCAAGAGCUGUUCGAGCAGGACUAUGAGUACGAGUAUCAAUAUCAUACAUUAUUAGAUGGGAAAUGGGAUCACAUGAUGGAUCAAACACACGUUGUAUACGUCUAUUGGCAAGAGCCAACGACCAACACGAUGCCCAUGGUGACCCGGAUGCAAACUAAAAAGCAGAAUAUCGCCGGCGUGAUGCGCGUUGUUCCAGAAGGGACCUUGGGCGUUUGGCCCGGCGACAACCAAUACAACUGUGCUCAGGGUUACAGCUGCCCCAACCCGACCAUGACCCUGGAUCCGUACAUCCCGGUCGGAAACCGGUACAUCGACAUUGGCGCGGGUGGCCCAGCGCCGUUCAGCUGGACAGCUAGCACAAAUGUAUCAUGGCUCAAUGUGAGCACCACAUCGGGAUAUAUCGACAGCAAUAACUUGGAGACGCGCGUAUAUAUCACCGCGGAUUGGAGCCAAGUCAGCGGGCUCGAAUACGGGAUGGUAACGUUCAAUGCAACGACACCAAAUCCGCCCACCCCGGGACAGACCGUGCUAUCCCAGCCGGUGUACUUCAUGGCCAAUAACACUUCGCCAACGUCUGGGUUCUCAGGGUUCGUAGAGGGGGACGGAGGCAUAUCGAUCGAAGCAGCUCAUACCUCUCGGAACACGUCUGUCGCGGGCAUCACCUGGACGGAGAUCCCGAACUACGGCAAGACCGUCUCGGGCGUCACUCCUUGGCCGCGCACGGGCGACAACGGCGGCAACUUCACCGCUGGCACUGGCCCCAGCAUCGAGUAUGACUUCUACAACUUCAACACCAUCGGCCAAGCCGGGAACGUCACUGUGACGACGUACGUCUCGCCCUCGCUGAACGCGAACGGCGACGACCGACCGCUGGGCUUCGCCAUCGGUAUAGACGACGCCACACCUCAGUCGGAGUACUUCGUCCCGUACGCGACGCCAGGCCAGCUACCGCCGCAAUGGGACGGCGUCGGCGGCUGGGUAGCGGAUGCAAUUAUUUCGGUGCCGACGAACUUCACGAUCGCACCUGGUGCGCAUACGCUGAAGAUCUGGAUGAUCGAGCCUGCAGUUGUGGUCCAAAAGAUUGUAAUCGACACUGGAGGUGUACGACCGAGCUAUCUCGGUCCUCCUGAGAGUAUUACAGUUUAG